CCUCUCUAUCCUCCCUCCUCCCAGCCACCUGUUUCGCGGCAGAAGCCACAGUGCCCAGCGCAGAGACGGGGAGGAGGCUGGCGACCUCCGGGGAUCUCCUCCCAGGGAGGAACGGAGGCAUCGGGGCCCCAGGUGCAUCCGGAGAGGGAGUCGCUGCGAGCCCCGAGGUCUGGAUUCUAGGGUGUGUGUGUCACCCUCCCGAGCCGUCCUGCCUAGCCCCGAUCCCGAGCGGGUCCCCAGGAAGCUUCAGGCCACUCCCUCCGAGUGUUCAGAGCUAGUCUCUGACCCUUUGGGCUCCGCCCCUGGGCACGCUCACUGAGGUCUAGACCACGCCCCGGGGCCCUGGCCACGCCCACCCCACAGGACUCCGAAGCGGCCAUGGGGACACCCAGCACCCCGGAGGAGGGUUCCUCGUCGCCGCAGGAUCCGGAAUGCACCCCCGAGGUCCAGCCUCAAGGGGCCAUGCAGCCUCAGGGGCACCCCGAGGAGCCCCAAGAGCACAAGGAGCCCCAGGUCCCAGCGGAGCUUCCGAGCUGCCAAGGAGCUGAGCGGCAGGCGGAGGAAGAGGAAGAAGUGGGAGAAGGUAGCAGCACCGAGAGCUGCCGAGAAGAGCCCGAGGCUACGCCUGCCAUGCAGAUUCCAGCCACACCUUCCCCAUGCCUGGCUCCUGGGGAAGGGAUGCGAGGGGCCGCGCGGCGGCUGCGGGGACAGCAGCUGGAGGCAUUGACCCGCGUGGCUCUGAUGGAGCAGCGGGUGAAGGAGUUACAGCGCCAGAAGAAGGAACUGAGGAUCGAGAUGGAAGUGGAGGUGGCCUUGCUCCGGGGUGAACUGGCUGGGGAGCGGGUGGCAGCCCGGCGAGAGGAGGACCAGCUGAAGGAACUGCUGGGCCAGCAGGUGGAGUCCCCGCCAAGCAGCCAAGAGCUGCAGGAACAGGAGCAGAGGCAGCUGAGCCAGGAGCGGGAUCAUGUGGAGAGUCUUCGCCAGAGACUUAGGGAGGCCCAAGGACAGCUUGAUUUGCAGCCGGAGGACCAGAGAGAAAGGCUCUUGCAGGGGGUACAGGAGAUCAGAGAGCAGCUAGAUGCUGCCCAACGCGCCUAUGAGGACCUGGAGUUCCAGCAGCUGGAGCGCGAGAGCCACGCGGAUGAGGAGCGGGACAGCCCUGAGGUCCGAGCUCCAGACUCCAAGGUCCGGGAACUUCAGGCCAGUGUGGCUCAGCACAGGCGCCGCAUCCAGGUUUUGGAGGAACAGCUCAAGUCACUGGGGGAGCAGAUGGCGGCUGAGAGCUGGGGGCUGAGCAGGAAGAAAGAAGAGGCAGUUCAAGCCCUCACACAGGAACGGAGCCGGCUGUUUGAGCUCAAUUGCCUUCAGGGAACAUGUGGUGGGGACUUCUCUGAGCCUGACCAAGCGCUCACCAAGCUGCUGUUCACACAGAAGACAGACCGUCAGCUGCUGGUUCUGCAGGACCCCGCUGCGCAUGCUGCCUCCACAUCUUCGUGCCUCUUCUCCGUCCACAGCUCCCUACAGGGGUCUAUCGGUCUCCAGAGGACAGGAAGCCUGCCCCGGAGGAGGGGAGACAGGGCCAGUCAGAGGGGAUCCCCUCGCCCUUUGUCUCUUCAUUGUACAGGACCCUUGGAGGCCUCGGCUCUUGCACAAGCAGUGGGGACUCCUGGGAGACACCCUCUCUAUCAGCUGCUCAACUGUGGCUCUGGGAGCAGACACUCGGCACUGCACCCCGACAUCGCCCACAUGGAGCGGCUCCUACAGCAGGCUGUGGCAGAGAGGGAACGGCUGCUCAAGGCCAGGGAAGGCAUGAGAAGAAGCCCAGAAGGUUCCACAGGCCCUUCAGUUCCUGCCAUCACGGCUCCGCCCCCACCCCCACCCCCACCCCCACCGCGCCCUCCGGGUCCCCGGGUCCUGGACCUCCCACAGCACCUGGAACGCUGGGGCCACAACCCGGAAAGCUGCCCCCACUUGCGGGUGUCCGGGGGCUGCUGUCGCGGGCCCCUGGUGAAGAUGGGUGGUCGCAUCAAAACGUGGCGGAAGCGCUGGUUCUGCUUUGACCGGCAGGCUCGCCGCCUGGCUUACUAUGCUGACAAAGAAGAGACCAAGCUCAAAGGUGUCAUCUAUUUCCAGGCCAUCGAGGAAGUCUACUAUGACCACUUACGCUGUGCCUUCAAGAGCCCCAGCCCCCGCCUGACCUUCUGCGUCAAGACCUACGAACGCCUUUUCUAUAUGGUGGCCCCCAGCCCGGAAGCCAUGCGUAUUUGGAUGGAUGUCAUUGUGACAGCUGCGGACGAAAACCACGCCCCCUGAGCGGCCCCGCCCCCUGAGAAAGGACGUCCCGGCGAGCCCCGCCCCUACACGCACGUUCCGGCCUUCGGGGCC